CAGCCCCCCCUCCCCAUCCUCGGAAUCUGUUGCAUUCAAUACAACUUUCGAAAAACAAUCAUUUUUCUAAUGCGCCCCAGCUACCUAGAUCCAGCCAAAGGCUCCAAGCCCCAUCAGCCAGCACUGUUCGGCCUCCAUUAGCGGCGCGCGAGCGAGCUUCUCCGCCCUCUCGCCUCUGCUGAUUACCACUGGUGCGAUUAGCGGAGUGCUCACGAAGGGAGAUACCAGCAGUGAAGGCGAGGCCUUCGAGCUCGCGAUCCCUUUUUCUCUGCUUGCUGCCCGCAAGAUUACAAAAUCCCGCGUUUGUCCUGUUGCCGCUGCUUCCGCUGGCGCUCUCGGGAGGGCGGCCAUAGAAAGGAGAUAAGGAGAAGAAGAAACGGAAAAAAAUAAAAAUAAAGGCUGGAGGCUUUUGGAGCUCAUAAUUUUUGGCCUUUCUCUGCGCAACCCGGGGAGAUUUUCCGGCGCUUUCUCUCUUUCUUUCCGGGAGGUGGGAGAGAAUCCAGCCUCUGCAUUCGCAGUUUCUGGUCUGGUCCAAGGCGAGAGAGUGUUCUUGCUUGAGUUGGUGUUGAUCCAAUGGGCGAGAUGAACCACCAGCCCGGGGCGCCGCCGCCGGUGGGCGUGCCACCGCCCAUGGGGAUGCAGCCCAUGAUGAACGCACCGGUCGGCGCGGGCGCCAUGCACCAGCCCUACGAGCAGUUCAACCAACUCAACUACUGCGUCCACUCCAAUCCUUCUUGGGUUCAGGUAGCAGGGCUUGCAUUCCUCCACUACCUAGUGAUGUUGGGCUCUACUGUCAUGCUUGUGUCAAUUAUUGUUCCUGCAAUGGGUGGUGGUCCUGGUGAGAAGGCUCGUGUUAUUCAAGCGUUCCUGUUUGUGAGUGGCAUUAAUACUCUGCUCCAAACACUCGUUGGGACACGACUUCCAACAGUUAUGAAUGCCUCCUUCGCAUUUGUUGUCCCAGUGCUGUCAAUAGCCAGACAGUUUAACACAAACGACUUUGAAAGUAAUCACGAGAGAUUUGUUCACACAAUGAGAGCAACUCAAGGGGCUCUAAUUGUUGCUUCAAUCCUCAACAUGAUUCUUGGAUACAGCAGAGCAUGGGGGGCAUUUGCCAAGAAAUUCAGUCCUGUAAUAAUGACUCCUGUUGUUUGUGUCGUUGGUCUUGGACUAUUUCAAAUUGGCUUUCCUCAGGUUGGAAAAUGUGUUGAGAUUGGGUUGCCAAUGCUAAUUCUUGCGAUUGUUGUGCAACAGUAUGCGCCACUUUACUUCAGACAUAUCCAUGACCGAACAACCUUCUUGUUUGAGAGGUAUUCGUUGCUUCUUUGUAUCGGCAUUGUGUGGGCCUUUGCAGCUAUCCUUACUGCUGCUGGUGCAUACAACCAUGUUUCGCUCAAGACACAACAGCACUGCCGCACUGACAAGUCUUUCCUUAUAUCAUCUGCACCAUGGAUCAAAAUUUCAUACCCCUUCCAUUGGGGUCCACCAAUCUUCACUGCAGGUCAUUCAUUUGGAAUGAUGGGUGCUGUGCUUGUUUCAUCUUUUGAGUCAACCGGUGCACACUUUGCAACUGCACGUCUAGCCGGUGCAACACCACCCCCAGCUCAUGUUCUUACUCGAAGUAUUGGUUUACAGGGCAUUGGGAUAUUCCUGGCAGGACUGUGUGGUGCUCCAGCCGGUUCAUCUGUAUCAGUCGAAAACAUCGGGCUACUUGGAUUAACAAAAGUUGGAAGUAGGAGAGUGAUCCAGAUAUCAACUGGCUUCAUGAUAUUCUUCUCCGUAUUUGGGAAGUUUGGGGCGUUCUUCGCGUCAAUCCCGUUGCCAAUCUUCGCGGCAAUUUACUGCAUCUUGUUUGGUAUCGUAGCUGCUGUGGGAAUCUCGUUCAACCAGUUUGCAAACAAAAACUCCAUGAGGAACAUCUACAUCAUUGGACUAUCAUUGUUCCUUGGCAUCUCGAUCCCUCAAUAUUUCGCGGAGUACACCGCUUCUGCUGGCCGUGGACCUGCCCGAACAAAUGCAGGAUGGUUCAAUGACAUCAUCAACACAGUUUUUGCCUCCGGCCCAACGGUGGCGCUGAUCGUCGCGUCGCUUCUGGACAACACGCUGGAUCCCCGUGCCAACGAGAACGACCGGGGGCUCUCAUGGUUCACGCCAUUUCUGCGCCGCCGUAAAGGGUACUCGGACCCUAGGAACGAGGAGUUCUACAGCUACCCGAUCCGGGUCCAUGACUUGGUUCCGCACCGGUUUCUCUGAUUCUAGAAGGGGUGCUGCUAAUUAUCCUGUGCUGCUGUGCAAUGUAAAUCCCCUUUGUUCUUGUUAGCCUUUUACCCCCUGUGGCCCGUAGCGAUUGGUGCGGUCACAGGUUUCAGCUUAGUGGGAUAUAUGGUACAAGGAUGCUAGGACUUCCGUCGUUGCUGUUGCUGGCCGUUUGGGCCAAGGAGUUGGUUACAUGGUUGACGUAGAGUUUUAUUGUCCGGGUGUAAUGUUGUCUCUGGGGAAAAAUGGAGGGAGUGUCUAUUUAGCAUUUGACUGUUUUA